GCGGCGUGGGGUACGUGGACGGGCUGCAUCUGUCGCCCGACGCGAUGCCCCACCUGGUGGAAAUGCUGGAGCCCUUUCUGGAGGACGUGCAACCCCGAGUAUCCUGUACGUCUUCGAGUCCAGACUCCGUUGCGUCGCGAGGACGUGUCGCUGCGGUGUUCAGCGACUCCGCCCUGUGCUCUGUCCGCGACGUGGGCGACGCGUUUGAUCUCGCGCCCGCCUCAGAAGUCUCGCGGGACUGCGCCGGACAACACGGCGAGAGUUCACAACAUCAGGAUCGGCGCGGACAGGUCGCAGCCGCGGUCCUCGGCGCCGUGCCACUGCAUCCCGUGGCCGGCCGAGGACUGCGGGGGAUAGGGCAAGAGCUGGCGUGGAAGCUCUCGGAGGGCGAGUUCCUGCCGGACAAGUCCAAGAUUCUCGUAGUCUGUUCAGGCGAAGGCAAGACCGCAGAAGUAUGCCUCGACACCACCCAAACCAUCUGUCAUGUGGAGUCCUUGGGUAAUUCCGAGCAGCCGGAUUUGCAGGAAUAG